UAUGUCUUUUCUUACAGAUACAAAUCAUCCUAUACAAGAACAAAGCUCGAUUGUCAAAAAACUUCUUGAUCAAGAUUUAAAGAAAGAAGUCAGCAGACCAGAGACGUUCUUACCUUCUUCACUCUGAAAAUCAUUUUUAUAGCGAGAAAAAAAGGAGCAGGCCAUCAAAAUGAAUAGAAGAUGUUUCAGUUUGAGGAAAACAGUGCUUUUAGUGUGUGUGGUUGGUUGUGCCACGUUCGCGUAUCAUCUAGCGGCGCUGCCGUACGAGGCACACAGAGCAGAUGAUUCUGUGAGACAGUUUGAAUCGCACGACCGUGUUCGGAGGGACGGAUCCGGACAACCACAGGCCACGCGGGCGUCUAUAUUCUCAAUUGUGGCAGAUUACUUCAAGCCUACACCAGAAAACUUCCAGGCCGCUAUCGAGGAACCAAAUGACGUCAAGACUACACCAAAAGGACCGGAUAAUGACGUCAUGCCUCCACCAAACGAACAGGAUGACGUCAAACCUCCACUAGAAGUACCGGAUGACAUCAAAUCUCCACCAAAAGAACCGGAUGACGUCAAACCUCCACUAAAAGAAUCGGAUUCUGUCAAACCUCCACCAAAAGAACCGGAUUCCGUUAAACCUCCACCAAAAGCGCCGCUGACGGGAGGCAAGCGAACUGCAGUCAUCAUCAUGACCAGGAUGAGAAGCGGUUCAACAUUUGUGGGAGAAAUCUUCAACCAACACCCUGAAGCCUUCUACGUCUUUGAGCCCAUCUGGGCUCUGGAACACCACAGGAAUCACACCUACAACAGUCAACACUUCCAGUACGAAUGGCUCCGCAGCUUGUCCGACUGUAGAUUUCAGGGGGUACAAGACAUUUUAAACUACUACCUUACUGCAAAAGGCCUGGGUGUAAUGGCCACUUGUAACUCUAUAAAUGGGCUUUGCGCAAAGUACAGAAACUACACCUCCCAGUGGCCCGGCCGAUGCCCCAUCCCUGACGACAAAAUGGCAACUGUUGUAGGCAACGCUUGUCUAUCCAAGAAAUUCACAGCUAUCAAGACAAUACGACUUGAAGACAUAGCCCCUCUUCAGAAGAUUGCUCAAGACGCUGGGAUAGACUUAAAGGUGAUCCAGUUAGUCAGAGACCCACGUGGCGUGAUCGCAUCUCGACUGUCAUUGGUGCAUAAGAAUGUAUCAGUGAUGACGGCUCUGCAUAGCAAAGUUGACGAGAAAGAAGUUCGGGAGCUUUGCAACUGGAUGACAAGAAACAGACCAACAAACCAGGGUACUAACAGUUGGCUACAAAAACAUUACGCACUAUUACGAUACGAAGAUGCUGGAAGAAAUCCGCUUGGAGUCAUGAAAAAACUUUACAAACUAAUCGACAUACCCGCUCAUGAAGAUGUGACAAAAUGGAUUCAUUCUCAUACCAAAACAUCUAAGAAAAUCAAGGAGAGAAGAGAUCCUUUCGGGACAAAGAAAGAUCCUAAUAUAACUAUGAAUGAAUGGCGAACAAAACUCAGCUUUGAGGACGUGAAAAAGAUACAGUCUAUUUGUAAGGAAGCCAUAGAUAUGUUUGGUUACCAGAAUGUAGAAUCAAUAUCGGAGCUUAGAAAUAGUACGAGGAAUUUUCACGGACCAAAUGUGUCCUUGUUGAAUAUUACAUGAUUCAAUUUAAGGGCAUCCAAUGCAGUUUUAGGGCUUGGAAACCCGAUUUUUCAAAGUCAAUAUUCUAGUCACUUAUCUACAUACGGAGUUAAAACCACACUAUCCCAAUUUAUAGUAACCCUCUUGGAGCAAACUACCCAAAAUUCUGACGGAAAAUGGUUACUUGAUUAGGGCCCUUGGCCGAUUUUCAGGGUACCACUCAGAAAAUAAAGGGCUCAUCUUGGGGCUUGUUUCUGCAGUUUUAAAUACCCAAAGUAUG